UCAGAGAGGAGUGAGCGCUCUUAAUUUUCACCUCGUCUCGGACCUCGGACCAUCCCAUCUGUGUGUGUCUCAUUCAGUCAGUCAGUGACCCGCCUCUCCGGAGGUUACCAUGACAACGGAGAAACGAUCCCGGCGCAUUCCCUGUUGUCUCGCCGGCGGUUUCCAGGCAACAGCUACACAAAACCAGGAAAACAUCCGGAAAAGACCCUCGAGCCUCCUCCUUGGUCGCGCGAACGUGGAAUAACUGCAGGACUUGUUUACUCAUCAGGAUUCCGGGACGAUAUAUAUUUGCAAGAAAAAACAACACAAAACAAAACAUGACGACUUAUUCCCUUCCUGUCUUGGAUAACAGCGACCCCCGUCUAAAACUGAAGGUGGAAAACAGAAUAAGAAACGUUUUUGUAACACAACCGGAAGACAGCAGACACAGAAAGGAGGAAAAUGUCAACUACAUACCUGUUGUGACCGAGACUUCAAGCAGACUCCUUGAGGCAGGAGUGAACACUUUGCAAAAGACCCUGGUUCUGAAGAAACAGGCUGAGUUGGAGGAGGUGAAUCAGCAACUUGCACUCAAACGGCAAGAGUUUAAGAACCGUGUGGAGGCUCUGGCUCAGAGGAGGUCUGAACUGGAAAUAAAACUACAGCAGACUAAAGAGAGGGCAGUAAAGUUUGAAAAGUUUGUGGCUGAAAAUGAAGUGAAGCGGAGCCAAGCACUGAAGAAGUAUGAGGCUGCACGGGACCUGAACGCUUCAAAACAGAGAGAGAUAGAAGACCUGACAGAACAGUUGAAACAACUUAAAGUCAGACAGCAAGUUUUAAAGGACAGAAUGGCAAAGUACAAAAUUUAUGAGGACUACUUGAUGAAAACACUUGAUUAUUUCCCCAACACUCAUCUUGAUAAUGGGUCUGAAUCUCUGGUUAUGCCCAUUAUUCGGCGCCACGAAACCCUGUCCAUCACCCAUCGGGAGCUUCUGCAGCGUCUGGGCCGUCUGGAGGAGGAGGUGGAGCAGGGCCAGCGGCAGCUGCAGAUCAUGAAGCAGGACCACAGUGUUAAAAAAAUGAUGGACAAUAAGGAACUGUCUGAACUCCAGGGUGAGUUAGAAACCCUGAAAGAGAAGAACAAGCAGGCGGAGGUUAACCUGCUGAUGGAGCAAGGCCUGUCCAGAGAGAAGGUUGAAGAAGUGGGUUCCUUGCUAAUGGCCAUACACAACCUUGCAGAGCAGUGUUAUCUAUCAGCAUAUGGACCUCUGGAAAACAUGGAUGUACUGACAAAGAUGGACAUGGUGAAGGAGUACAUCCUGGACAAGGCGGACACAGAGAGGAGAGCGAGGAGACUGAUGGACUCGGGGUCUGCAAUGACGAGCAGAACAGCUCUGACAGACAAAAGAGAGAGAGGGUCAAUGAAAAGUAUCGGCAGUAAAACACUCAUCAAAAGUUCCAGUAAAGUCAGUAGAAAGAGUGGGACAAUGAGCUGAUGUAGAACUUUUACAACAAAUCAUGCUCUUACUGCUCACAGUAAUCUAAUUAUAAAGAUUUUGUGGAGUGUAAAGGUUCAUUUUUGACCUUGGAAGCAAUUUUAAAAAAAGAAAGCACAGCAUCAAAACUAAGUAAAUGGCAUCUAAUGAUAAAGAAUGUAAGAUGCAUUUGAAAAA